AUGGUGAAGAAGAAACGAGUGGUUCGAAAGCCAGUGGUGGUGCGGCCGGGAAGUCCAGGGGUGACGGAAGAGCUCCCUCCGAUCCAAGAUUCUGAUUUGGUUCAUGAGGUAUUUCAUUACCCUUGCGAAGUGUUGGAGUCGGAGCAGAUUUGUUCUGCGACUGAAGUGCAGGUCGUUUCUGCAACUCACGAAGAGGCGGAGGUAUUGUCCCCUUCUACCCGAUUGAAUUUUAUGGAACCCUUAAAAAUAGGAGAUCAGAUUGUUGCUAAAUUGGACUUGGAAGAAGUAGAAAUUGAAGCCUCCUACUGGAAGAAUGCUAUAGUAUGUAUAGUUUUAGGUGCUAAUCCUCCUUUCAAAGUUUUUGAAGGGUUUAUUAAUAGAGUUUGGGGGAACCUGGGGAUAGAAAAAAUUGUAAGGAUGCAUUCAGGGUUCACUUUGGUGAAUUUUAGAGAUGAAGCAAAAAGAGAUUUAGUCAUGGAAUCUGGUGUAAUUCAGUUUGAUAGAAAACCAGUUGUGUUACGACCAUGGUCGACAGACCUAGAUUCGAUACGUAUGGUAAAAUCUGUCCCUGUGUGGGUGAGAUUAAAUGGGUUGCGACUACAAUAUUGGGGAAAGAACAACCUAAGUGCUCUUGUUAGUACUAUAGGAAAACCAAUCAUUGUUGAUAAGGUGACUCAAAACAGAACAAUGGUCAAGUUUUCUCGUGUUUUAGUCGACAUGGAUAUCUCGGAUAACCCUCCGAAAACCAUUUCAUUCAUUAAUAAGCAUAAAAGACUAGUUGAACAAUCCGUUGAAUAUGAAUGGCUGCCAUCCAAGUGUGCUACUUGUGGUAUGUUGGGACAUACUGUUGCUAAUUGCAACAAGGAGAAAAGGGUUACCUGGAAGAAGAAAAUGGAAGUGGGAGAAAAAGCCGAGAAGAAGGAAAAAGCAGGUGUUAAAGAUAAUUUGGCUGCUGAAAAAUUAGAGAGUAUAGAUGAUAAGGUUGAUAAGGGGAAUGAGAAUUUGGAAGGGAAAAGGGUCAGGGAGGAUGACACCAAAGAAGAAGGGUUCUAA